GAUGCGGCACCCGCUGUUCCUGGCGCCCAGAUGAAGCUGGCCUCCAUGGCAGCCGCCGCGGUGACGGUGGUGGAGCCGGACCUGAAAUGGGUCUCCCUCUGGCUCCGGGCCCGUUGGGCGGCAGUGCUGGCGGCGGUGCUGGCGGCUCUCCUGGUGGUGCUGCUUCCGGUGCUGCUGGUGGAAGGGCAGUGCCAGGCGGUCCUGAAGGGCUGGGCCUUCCUGAGGAGCAAGCUGGGCCUGGGCUACAUGGGCAUCGCCACCUACACAGGGCAGACCACCGAGCUCAGUGUGACCUCCGGCGGGUUGGAGCUGAUGGUGCUGAAGCCCAAGGCCUCCCCAGAAGUCCGGUUAGAAGCCAAGGCAGCCUUGCAUCAGGCGUUGGAGAUGAAGAGGCAAGGGAAGCGCGAGAAAGCUCAGAAGCUCUUCAUGCACGCCCUCAAAAUGGACCCCGAGUACGUGGAUGCCUUGACCGAGUUUGGCCUCUUCUCCGAGGAGGAGAAGGACAUCAUACAGGCCGACUAUCUCUACUCCAAAGCCUUGACCAUCUCCCCACACAACAAAAAGGCUCUGGUCAGCCGGGACCGGACGUUGCCCCUUGUGGAAGAAAUCGACCAGAGGUUCUUCAGCAUCAUCGACAGCAAAGUCCGGAAGGUCCUCUCCAUCCCCAAAGGGAACUCCGCCCUGCGGAGGGUGAUGGAGGAGUCCUACUACCACCACAUCUACCACACGGUGGCUAUCGAGGGCAACACCCUGACGCUCGCCGAGAUCCGGCACAUCAUUGAGACCCGAUACGCUGUUCCCGGGAAGAGCCUGGAGGAGCAGAACGAGGUCAUCGGCAUGCACGCCGCCAUGAAGUACGUCAACACCACCCUUCUCUCCCGGAUCGGCUCCGUCACCCUGCCGGACAUCCUGGAGAUUCAUCGGCGAGUCCUGGGCUACGUGGACCCCAUCGAAGCGGGCCGACUGAGGACUACCCAGGUGUUUGUCGGCCACCACGUCCCGCCCCACCCUCGCGACAUGGAGAAGCAGAUGCUGGAGUUCGUGCAGUGGAUCAACUCCGAGGACGCCAUGGGAUUGCACCCCGUCGAGUUCGCCGCUCUGGCUCACUACAAGCUGGUGUACAUCCACCCAUUUGUGGACGGCAACGGGAGGACAUCCCGGCUCCUGAUGAACCUGAUCCUCAUGCAGGCCGGCUACCCACCCAUCACCAUCCGGAAGGAGCAGCGGGCCGAGUACUACCACGCCUUGGAGGUGGCCAACGAAGGGGACAUCCGGCCCUUCAUCCGCCUGAUUGCCAAAUGCACGGAGACCACCCUCGACAUGCUCCUCUUCGCCACCACGGAGCAUUCCGUGGGCCUCCCCGAAGCGCAGGAUGGGGGCGGUGGCGGCAGCUGCAGCGCCAGCUGCAAGCAGACCAUCUCGCUCAAAACCCGGACCUGAACCCGAACCCAAAGGACGCCCCCUAUGGGAGGAGAGCUGGAAAAGCACUUUCUGUAAAACAUUUCAUUUAUUUAUGUCUUUUUAAGUUAAAUCGUUUAAUGCAGCGGCCUCUCCGUAUUUAUUACCCCCUCCAACAGGCCCCGAGUAACUUGUCUUAAUUUCAUUGCAAAAGGGGACAGGUCAGAUCUUAACACCACAAAGCUGCUUCUCUGGCUGGUUUAAGCACCAAGCAGGACAGCUUCAGCUGGAAAAAUCCAACCCACGGCCAGCUUUCCAGCUAAAGAUGGUCAGAUAUGGAAAAUGCGGCUGUUAACUUUGCCCAGCCAAGCCCGGUUGAGGAGUUCACUCGUGUCCUUGGUGAAAUGAUGCAGUUUUGGUAUUGUUCAGUUUGCUAAUGCUUGGAAAGGGUCCAGCCUCCCUCCCACCUUUCACACAAGCUUGUGUGAAAGCUGCAACUUCACCUGCCCCCCCCCCACCUGUUUGUGUUUGUGGCAGUUUCACAUCUCAAACUAAACCAGCUUCCUCUGCCUGCCAGUGCCUUGACUUUCAUCUGAAUUGUGCCUUAGCUCUUCUCCAGCCCCCCCCCCUUUCCAGCAGAACCACUCCAGGGCAUCUCCGUCCAGGCCAGAACCUAAAAGAGAAGGCCUGUGGACUUCGUGGGCUUUGGGCUGCUCCUUAGAAGCAGACCGAAGCACAACUGUAAGGAACGGACUACGCAAUGCCACAGCAGAGCCUGCUCUUUGAAAGCUGGGGGGGUCUUACCCUCCUAUCAACCAUCUUUGCUGGUUGGUUCUGGUGUGGUAUUGUGGAAAAAGCCUCCAAGGGCUUCUUAAACUCCUCUGAUAGCACUUUACUUUUAAUUCCACUUGGAACGUACAAAAUUUGUUGCCUGAGAUUUCAAAAGGAGAAAAGGUUGAGAUGGGUGUGUGUGUGUGUGCUUUUUCUUAAGCUGAAAACACGACAUCCCCACGCACCACCGAUGCGCCUGGAUGCGCCCCUGCCCCUCUUCUGCUCACAGUCUUGACUCAAACCUCUUGCCAUCUUGGUUGCCCCUGGGAAGAGCCCGCAUGCCUUGGGGCAGGCAUGACCCGAUCUUAAAAGUCGGUCCAGACUUCUGCCCUUCUUAAAAGUCGACUUCGGAGGCAAGCCGGGCGGGUGCACCCAUAAGGCAGCGUGUGAAAUAGGAGCAGCGCCUCACAAAAAUGCUUUUUGUACAAACCGUUUUGCGAAGCCUGUGCAUAUUUGGUUGGUUGCAAU